AUGUCCGAACCAUCCAAGAAGCCAGAACCAGUUCAACCUCAGCCCCCCGGGUCAGGCAAAGUGGAAUUCACAAAUAACCUGGGCCCUCCUUUCAAACGACCUGUGGUUGAAGACGAGAUCGAAUUCAUCUCGUGCAGUCCAGUCAAGAAGAAGAGGUUGACCGAACAGACGACAGCGCACAACACGACAACUUCAACGGCACCCCCUCAGCUCCAGGAUACCCGUUCUGCCAACCAGGAAACUCGGGAUUUUCCACAGAUUCCACCAGCCGGCCGUUGCCGGAGCCUGUGUGGCAUUGGCAUCGGCCAAGCCAAGGCUCCUGGUCCUGAGACAGCAAUGGAAUCCCGGGGGACAUCGCUGCCAGUUCUUGAGAAGUUUGCGUUUCCACAGACAUUUCCCCUGGCGACAGGCCGCCCACCUCGGCUCUCAGACGCCAUAUCUCCAAAGCAGUUUCCGCAGGCCUCUCUAGCACCUCCCGAAACUGGCACGAACACGGCCACCACCAUAAGCACGACGAACACGAGUACGCAAAUACCCACGCAGGAGAGCUCGGUCACCCUUGACCAGAUCUCCUGCCUCGAUUUUGACGGCGUACCAACGAACAGCCCCGGGUUUGAUGCCGGCAGAGUGUUUUCUGCUGAUUGCGGCAUCAUGAGCGGCAUCAGCGUGGGCAAUACGACCAGCGCGAUGCCUCCGCUACCCCCUUUUCCAACGUCGAGCCCACGCGCCGGCAUUCCAUUCACCAUGUACUCGACGGGAAGUAUCAUGACGGUGCCUCAAGCACAAAACAGGGAUAAGCCGUCCGUUGCCGUGCUGCCCACGGGUGCCAAGCUGACCUCGUGUUGUCCCCAUUGCGCGCGGAUUCGGCAGCAGAACACAUUCCGUCAAGCUCCGGUUGGGGUUUCGGGCAUGAGUCCCAAGAUGGCUACCCAAACGCAUGGCCAUGCAAACCCUCAGGGCCACGAGCACGCAUCCUCGCCGCGGUCCGUGCCACCACCUCCAGGGUUCUCCCCGCCCGGGCAUAUUAUUCCUCCUCGCUCAGCGCCAGCGCCCGGGCAGGAGCAGAGACGACUGCCGAACCAGUGGCAGCAUCAGAACCAGCAGCCGCCCUCGGAGAACCCGCUCCAUCCGGGUCCUCCCACCCCCAACUAUUACCUCCGACCCCUGCUCCAAGACAUGGCGCAGACCAUCCAGGCGAGCUUCCCCUACGCUCAAGUGGCGGCGAGGCAUGGAAUGGCACCGGCUAGGGUUGCUGAAGUGCUGGCGAGAGUGGUUGGGGCGCCGCUGGUCUCGAGGAGGGAGUGA